UGGACCGUGCGCUAUACCCAGUUUUUGUGAGACGGGUGGUAAAGAGCAACUCCCAACUGGUAGUAUGAGCUAGUGGUGGGUAGAAGCCAUCGGCUUAAAACAAGCUCCGUGUUUCUUUAGUCCAGUCUUCGCAAUGAGUGAAUUCAAAUGAGAAUGUGGACGAUGGGACCGAUCGUUCACCCUCAGGGAGUGGUGAAGACCUCACACAACCUCACCCCGAUUCCACUUCCACUUUCACCUCGAAACCUCUUGUCUCGUUCACUCCCCGCAAGCUCCUCUCUGAAUAGGUAGCUCACAAAGGAACUUGCCGCCCACAAAGAAAGAUGGAUCCAUCCGAGUGCGGCACAUAAGAGUGUUAAGUAAAGCCAAGGAGAGAAACACCCUCUAUUCAAACCAGCUCUAGCUCAUCCCACUCGAUCACUUCAACCAACCAAGGUGGAGAAGACAGAAAAAGGUAAAGUAGCGCUUUCACCCUGCUCUCCCCAAGCCAAUCCUUUCAUCUCGCGUGCGCACAAUCCGCGCCUUAUCACCAGGCAGCGGCUUCAACUCAUCAUUAGGAUCGUACGUCGCAGAACUGGAUUGAAAGGGCCCGCCGAUUCCACUGCUGCCCGUGCUGCUUGAGAAGUUGAUUUGUUGCUGGUUGUUGUUCUCUUUGAGUUGUUGCUGGCGUAGGCGCGCUUUUUCGAAGGCGGCUAUGUCUUCGGUGGUGAUGGUUAUGGCUGUGGGUUUCCGGCGAAGCAUUCCGUAUAUAUAUUCUUUUCUCGUUUGUUUUGGUUUUGGUUGGUUUGGUUGGGCUGGAUUUUGGGAGGGCGGAUGGAGCUGCCCCGGAAAGGUUGAAAUUGGUGGUGAUGAUGGGUUUUGUACUAGCGUUGCGGUGGACCCCUAUAGAGAUCUGGUAAUUUAAAAACUAAGAUAAAUAAUGAUAAGGAGUCUGUAGAUCCAGAGGAGGAAAUUCAGCGAGUUGAGAGUAGAAUAGAACCGUUGAUCAAUAUUGCAAAGGAUGUUAUGCGCCUUCAAUGCAGAGGCAACGGCACAAACUGCUGAGGAUGUCUAAACGUCACGUGAUGACUAAAAUUCUCCCUGCUCCAUCUUCAUCUUUCACCAAAAUGUCUCGAUGCACUUUACCACGGCACCCGCAUCCAUGCAUUGACGAGCCCCGGUCUCUUUACUCAACUAUUUGGUGAAGGGGACUAGUUUUACGUUCGUCGUGAACCUUGCGGGGCGAUAGUGCCCAAUUUACAAAUAUGCUCAAGCCGCAAGGCGGGCGCCCGUGGGUUGCCAUCGUCGACUCAGCGGCCAGCAAAUGGAGUCAGGGAGCAGUAGCGGCUAGAUCUGGCCGACACUUUUCUUCGUCGUCGGUCAGAGCAGCGGAGAAUGAUGCAGACUCAAAAGAAAAACAAAACCGUCUACACUCUCUUCACGAGACGGCUAAAAAGAAAGUUGACACCACAUUUUCACGAUCCUCCUCCACCCCCCUCAUUCGCCGUGUCUCCGACGACUCCCAACCCCCUCCCCGUCAACGACAAUUUCAGCAGCGUCGACCUCUCGAUGCCCGCUCCCCUAGCUCUCUAGCUCGCCCCCAACCGCAACGUCGACCACUCGAUGCUCGUGCACUCGGUUCCAGACUCAACCAAACGGGCGCAAAACCCACUAAUAUCCUCCGCGCGCCCGCUACUCUGAGAAAACCCGGAAGUGGCCCUCUCGGGGCCAGAAACCCUAAGCGUCCCGCAACGACCCGGCCGGCCCGCCGCAAGAAACAGGACAAGUCGUCCAAAAGUGACGGCAGUGGCGGGUGGUCUGGACAACGCGAGAUGUCCAAGGAAGAGCAGGAAGCGGACGAGAAGGCUUUUCUUGAACAGUGGGAGCGCGACCGCCCCAAGCCAGUCCGCUAUAAUCCGCACGGUUAUAAUAUCGAUAAUCUACAGCGGACGUGGCCGGCCUUGCCAAUGGGUACGACUGGCCCUAAGGAAGCGCUGCAUGAACGGCUAGCAUGGAUGAGUGAGCGGUACCCCAACGGUUUCGAGCCUACAGAUCUACUAGCCCAACGCAUCCAUAAAGGUAAAUGGACAUAUUUCUAUAACGAGGAGGAGAAAAACGAGGCAGUAGAGUUGGCACAGAAAAUGGCGGCGGAGCGCGCGGAUAAAUUGACGGAUCGCAAGGGUUCGCUGGUUCAGCCGGAGGACAUGUCAUUUCAGCCUAUUGAUGAGACGCAGAAGAUGCAGCUGGUUUCGCGACUUGUUUCGGGCGAGUACAAAUCCGAGCAAGCGCAGUGGGUGAAAGAGCACGGAGCAAGACACCCAGUUAUGAAAGAUGUUUUGAGGAAUUUGGCGAAUAAUUCAACAUGGCAGUCAUCCCAUAAAACACAAUUUUUGGAGGCAUUGUCGAAGUCGUUGCCGAAGCCUAAGGCUGUGCGGGCCAAAGCGUAGGGUAGGUCAUUUCUAAAAUAAACAGGGCUUGUUUCCUACUAGGUUAUUUUGUGUAUUUUGUUCGAAUAAGAUUCAUAAAUUGUAUACUAUUGUUAUCAUAUCGACCACAGGUUUUUGCAUAUCUCUUUUAGAUACGUGUUUCUUCAGAUAAUGUGCGCAGCUCUUUAUAUAAACCUGUAUAUCCCAACUACUCCCAAAAAAAAAAAAAAAAAAAAAAAAAAAAAAAAAAAAAAAAGAAAGAAAGAAAGAAAGAAAAUGGCAAAAACCCGUGUAUGUAUCCUACAGCACCCUGAAUUCCUCCGUUAUACAGCAAUCUACCUACCCCUGCGAUCAAUCGACCGUUUUCACGCCCCCUGGUACAAAUAAACAAGAAGUUACAAAACUAGGCCUCCAGGGCCUUUUUCGCCGCCUCAAAAACAUCUUUAACCUCCUUUUGCCCUUUCUCUGCAAUCUUCUCCAUCUUCUCUACCUGCUUAUGCAAAUCGUCCGGUCUCACAAGUUUCUUGACGCCCAUGUUCUUCAGCUUCUUGUUUAUGGCGCCGCGGGCGUUACGCACGGCAGUAGAUGCCUUAUCCAUGGCGGCCUUCGCAUCCUUAACCGAUUGAUCGCGUGACUCCUUGGUUGGUGGCGGGAUGGGGACGUUGAGCUGUAGGCUGUUGUGUGGGUCUGGUUGAGGGUUUAGGGAUAGGCUGGAGGAGAGAAGGGAGGAGGUUAUGGGUUUUAUAUACUAGAAGGGAAGGAUUAGUAUAUGAAAGAAAGACUUCUGCGGGAGCAAUGGCAGGGCAAUUAGAUAUUCAAGGAUCUUUCGAACAGAAUUGUGAGGCAUGAUUUGAAAUGUUUCUCGGUCCCCCCGUCCCCCCCCCCCCGGCGCGGGUAAAAAGUAGAUGCACAAAAAAUGAACAGAAAACGGUAUAUUUACAUACCUCCUCCUCUCCUACCAAAAUAGUCAGCAUUCUCCCUCCCUUGGGAAUAACCUGUGCCAACUCUCCUAGCUUCACUGUCUCCUUGCUCCCUUUACCGUCCCCCUUGCUCACAGCCACGCGCAAUGUCUCAAUCGCUUCCGGGUUAAACCUGCCGCCCGC